UUUUAUUUAAAUUUAUUACUGCAAUCUGAAUUUAUAAUAUAAUGAAAGUUUAAAACCAUGUCAAAUAGGAACCUUGUUCUAAUAUUUGAUCAGUACCAACGUGCACGACUGGCAUUUGUCCAAGCAAUUUCUGAUUUAGCUGCAAGGCAGCAAAAUACAGAACUUUUAAUUAAAGGCGGUACAUUGGACCUACUGAAGCCUCUCCUUGCAGAUCCAUGUAUUCAAAUCCAACAGUGUGCCGCUAUAGCUGUAGGAAGGUUGGUUCAUUACAGCAGUACAAUCGCUGAGAGUUGUAUUAACCAAGGCUUUAUUUCAAUAUUGCUCUCUUCAAUUUAUACUGGAAAUAAAUAUCAGAAAAGAGCCGGACUGUUUGUAUUGCGAUCAAUUUGCAGACAUAGUCCCCAUUGUGCGUUACAAGUUAUAAAUGCUGGAGGUUUGCAGGCUUUAAUAGGAUGCUUAGAAGAUUUUGAGUCUGGUGUUAAAGAAGCUGCAGCGUGGGGCAUUGGUUACAUUUCGAGACAUUCCAAAUCGUUAGCUCAAACUUGCGUGGAUGCUGGGGCUGUACCUUUGCUUCUGCUUUGCUUACAAGAGCCGGAAAUUACUCUCAAGCAAAUUACUACCAGCGCCCUUUCGGAUAUUGCUAAACAUGGAAUGGAACUGGCACAGAGCGUCGUAGAUGCAGGAGUUGUACCGUAUCUGGUGAAGAAUUUAAGCAAUACUGAUGAGAAAUUAAAGAAGCAAAUCCUUGCUGGAUUAAGCUCUUGUGCUAAACAUUCUAUCGAUUUAGCGGAAGUAGUUGUUGAAGCAGAAAUAUUUCCAACGGUUCUGCUUCAUCUCGCUCAUCCGUGUCCCGGAGUACGACGGAAUGCUGCAUGUUUAGUCAGAGAUAUCGUGAAACACUCUUUAGAAUUGACCCAGUUGGUGGUAAAUACAGGUGGAAUUGGUGCGUUGAUGGAAGUCUUAUUCCAGAAGGACAGCGGAGGUGCUAUAUUGCCAACUAUCACAGCUAUAGGAUAUAUAUCAGCCCAUUCUGAACACCUAGCAAUGUCGGUCAUAGGCUGCAAAGUUAUCGUCUUACUUGCUGAGCUUCUAGAAACGUCAACGGAUGAUCCCCUAUUAGCUAUAACUGUUUGGGCAAUUGGCCAGAUCGGCAAACAUAGCGCCGACCAUUCGCAAGCAGUUGCUGCAGCAAAUAUUUUUCCCAGAUUGAUUGUCCUCUACGAAAGCGACAAAUCUUCACAAGACCUUAAGUAUAAGUGUAAAAAUACGUUGAAGUUGUGUCUGCAGAAAUGUUUGCUGGUCGAUGCUUUGGAACCGCUGCUUUAUUCUGCACCUUUCCAGAUUUUAAAGUAUGUUUUAGGACAAUAUAGUAAGCUCUUACCACAAGAUUCUAAAGCUAGACGACUCUUCGUUACGACAGGUGGACUAAAGAAAGUUCAAAUGAUAGAAGCUAAACCUGGUACAACCCUAUUUGAGUAUAUCUCAGUAAUUAAUGCCUGCUUCCCAGAUGAGAUUGUUAGAUAUUAUUCUCCAGGAUAUCCAGAAACUCUAUUAGAUAAAGUAGAACAAUAUUCCCCUCAAAUGAUGAGUGUUUUAAGAGAACAAGACCAAAACGAAAAUGAAGCUCAAACUGAUAUAUUGAACAUAGAUGAUCAAACAUCAACCGACGAAGAGGACGAGGACAAGAGUUUCCGCAAUAAUAUGUGAUAGAUUUCUUAUUCUUAUUGUACAUUAAUUUAUUGUCUUUUCCAACAAACAAAAAUAAAAUGGAUUAUCGUACG